UAGAAUGCUGAUGAGUAAUAUGUCGCUUGUGUGGUGCUGGUAAUGAUAUUUUUUCCUCAUCUGGUUUGGAGGUAAUGGUGGGUUGGCGGAAGGAUUAAGAUUUUAAUAGAAGGCACUAAUUUGUACUUUCGGGACUUAAGUGUCAGUGAUAAUCGGCGACUGCACAAGAAACCGGAAAUGGCAGCGGCUGAAUUAUUGACUGAGUUAGAUACCCGGUUUUUCGCCGAUAAUCUCUUGACGAGUGAGGACUGGGAUGCCUGCCUCUACGAUUAUGUCAGCAGUGAGGGUGUCAGUGAGGAGGAAGCUGACUUUUUGCUUUGCCUUGGCAGAAAUGAAGCGUUUGAAACCGAUAUGGACUUUGGACUUGAUGAAUUGUCUGCUGAUUCCCCAUGGAGUCAGCAAAAUGGAGAUCUAUUUUCAGAGUCGCAAGUGAAGCUUGAACCACUUUCUCCAGCUUCAUCAUGUUCUAACUCCUCUUCAUCGUCAUCCCAGGAAGCUUUGUAUUUGCAGCAGCCUCAGAACACAGAUGAUGUUGCAGUGGUGAAGAUAGAAGACCCUCCUACACCUCCUUACAUGUGUGGUGAUGUCUUAUCCCCUUCAUUAAACAAUGUACAGAUCAGUAUUGCCCCCAAAGCAGAGAGUGUACCAUCUAUGGGCAGGCAGCUGACACCCUGCAAAUUUUCCACUGAUCUGAAGGCAGACACCAUCCUUGCCAGCAAACCAGCCAUCCAGCCUAAACCCUUGGUUGUUACUGCUGUACCUGUUCCUGCCACCUCCAGUCCAGCAAAGACAAUCCUCCUCCAGUCAGUGCAACCAGGGGGCAACACAGUUAAGCCCCAACCGCUGCCUAUCAAGCCUGCUAUUUCAGUCUCAACACCACACAUGGUCCUGUCCCAGAAUGACUUGCUGCGGCUGCCUGUACCAGGUUUGAUUAAAGUAGACACCCCUGUCAUCUCAUCAAGCUCUUCAAAACCUGGAAACAACUCAUGUGGUUCUACCUUGUCCAAGCCUGCCACAAAAAAUAUUGUUCCAAUUCCUACACAGACCGGAAGCAACAGUUCAGAAGUUGAUGUCAAAUUACUAAAACGACAGCAACGAAUGAUAAAGAACCGAGAGUCUGCCUGUCAGUCCCGCAAGAAGAAGAAAGAAUACUUGCAAGGACUUGAGAGUCGAUUGCAGGAAGCACUCAUUGAAAAUGAGCAACUUAAACGUGAGAAUGCCAUGCUUAAAAAGAAGCUGGAUGCAGUUAUAUCAGAGAAUGCUGAGUUGAGGUUUGGCUCUGGGAACAGGAAGGCUGUAUGUGUGAUGGUGGUUCUGCUGUUCAUCGCUUUCAGCUUUGGACCAGUCAGUCUUACAGAAAGGAAGUCAGAAGCCUUCUCUCAGGAAACUGACGGUUCACGUAUUGGGAGACAUCUGCUCGCGUUCAAACAGAGCCAUCAGGCAGAAAGGGAGGCAGAUGAUGUGCCAGAGAAGGAAGAAACAGUUGAAACCAGAUUCAGGAAUUUUACAACAUCCUUCUCUGAUAUGAAAGACCUCAUGCUUCGAGAUAUUGACCGUUUCUUCUUGUCUGCUGACUGCAGGCAAUUUAACAAAACAGAGUCACUCAGACUAGCAGAUGAACUGCGAGGCUGGGUGUACAGACAUCAAAUUGAUAGAAAAAAGUCUAGAGAUAAGCCAGGCAGAGGGAAAAAGCCUGCUAAAAGCCAGAAAUCCCAACAUCAGAAAAAGAUGCCUCACUUACCCAGUUAUAUUCCUUUGAACUCUCCAGAGAACACACUCAGGGAAGCAUCAAGCCAGUUGCAGCUAUACCAUUCACCUGAGCAGAGUAAAUAUGACUUCAUGGAAGCUAUAGAUCGACGAGAGGACACUUUCUAUGUUGUUUCAUUUCGCAGGGACCAUUUGUUGUUGCCAGCUAUCAGCCAUAACAAGACCAGCAGACCCAAAAUGUCUUUAGUGAUGCCAGCCAUAUCACUAAAUGACACAAGACAUAACAACUCUCGUGAUUACGAGUUGAUGAUGCAGAUUGACUGUGAGGUAAUGGACACCCGUAUCAUCCAAAUAAAAAGCUCUACUGUUCCACCAUUCUUACGUCAACAGCGUGAUAACCACACUGCACCCCUGCAGCCUCCUUCAUCCACUUCUGGCUCUUCUGCCCAUGGACCUUCUAUUGAUAGUAUGCGCAGGAUCCGUUCCAACCGAUUCUCAGGCCACAGGCAGAAUCAGCCCUUGUACUUGUCUGAGGAUGAUGGAGUAUAGUUCCAGCUACUGACAUUCCCUCGCAUCAUGUAGUUUAAUAUUAUGCAACAGAAGAUUGAGAGAUGAGAACAUGUCUGAAGGGGGAAAAAAUCUGCAUGAGAGUUAUGAUCAUCUAUUUUGUAAAAGGGUGAAUGCACUAAAAAUUUUAGCAUUUUUUCAGGGGAAGCAGUUAUUGACACACACUGGCUUUUGCAGAACCAGUUGUGGGAUAUGUUCACCACAGCCAGUGUUUGUCUUCUGAAUUGGUCAGUAAUACUAAGAACUGCUACUGCUGCUUUGGGGUUUGGUAUGCAGUGGGGUUAUAGUUGGGAACAUGGAAUGGAUACAGCUCUGUCCUUUUUAUAUGACUUUUUUUGUGCUGUUUGCAAGAGAUUAUUAAUUUGAGUGUGUGCUGUACACAUCUGCACAUCCUUAGUAUAUUAACAGAAGAUUGUUUGAGGAGUAGGCAGUGGACUAUGUUGAUAUGUAGUUUUAUGAGCAAGAAGAGGAAGCUUUGAGGCACAAGGCUCUCAUUUUUUAUUGUAAAAUCUUUCCAUUGACACCAACAGAAGAAUUGCAAGUGACACGUUUGAGCAUUUUAGUUCUGCAGAAUAGACUGACAUUUAACCAGGUUAAUCUUUUUAGUAGUGGCACGUGUCAUCUACCUGCACCUCAGAGGGUGUGCAACAGUUGUCCAGUUAGUGUUAACUGAAGUGGUAUUGUGCUUAAAAAACGUUUGUCUGAGGAAAUCAACCUGUAAGUUUGCACAACAGUGUAGGAAGGCAAUGAACAGACCUGUGCCUUUUUUACCUGCAUGUUUUGAAUCUGAAGAGAUAUUCCCCCCAGGGAUUCACUGUUAAUUCAUCUUCAGAGUUUGUUUCUUUUUCUGAAAAGAGAAGUGGAAACAUGGAGUAUCUGCAUAAGAAAGACAACUUGAUAAUUUUGAAACUUGGGGAAAAAAUGGGUUUUGCUUCAUUGCUCCUCUGUAGCUCUUGUAUGCUUAAAAAGGUAGGUAAUAUCAUAACUUUCUCAACUUGUGAUGUCCAUUCAGUAAUGUUGUGCUGCUAUUAGUGAUGUGGCAUUUCCAGCAAAGGCAUUCGCUUAAUCUUGUGUGCCACUGAUGAAACAGCAGCAUAUUGAUUCAGUGACAUAAAGGCUCUUAUAAUUUUGUUAAAUAACUUUAGUGCUGAUAGUCAUCAGCGGUAUCUAUAAUUCAGAGUAGCAGCUCUGCAUAUCUAGUUAUGUUUAUUAUUAUUUUUAUUACGAGCUGACUGCACCCCAUGAAAGGUGAGCUAUUGCAGGUACAUGUUAAUGUGUUUUAUAUGCUGCACAUCCUUCUGUUUUUUUUUUGUUUUGUUUUUUUAAUGAAGCGCAGUGAAUAGUUCAUGUAGGUAAGGUACUACAUCCAGGCAGAGCACAGUCAUUUUCCCAUGGUUUGUGGUGAUUUUUAGUUGUACUGUGUGUAAAUUUUCAUUUAAAUACAUCAUAUGACUUCACUGUCCUCAGACCUUGCAAAGACUAGUUCGCUGUUUGUCUGCUGGAACACAGAUUUGUCUGUGAAAGGAGUUUGGAAUUUUUUAGACUUGGACUUUACAUGGGUAAUUCCAUCACUGCACAUUCAAACUCCUUUCUAACCUUCAUUUAUGUGCAGAAUGGUUUUAUCUAAUACCUUAUCUUGGUUCUCGUUUUGCAACUUAUAACAACUCAUGGUUGUAUUUGCAUACAGUGUUUUUGUAUUUUGUGUAUCUUAAAAGGAUAUAACAGCAGCAUUUAUAAUGGCCUGAACAUUAUAUCCAUGUCACUGAACGCUAUUUUAAUGUCAAUAAUCUCAAGAUAUUCAGGGAUAAGGAGAGUCUAAUAACUGACUUGGACAUCUGCUGCACUCUGCCUACUUUAUGACUAGGACAGUUCCUGCCAUCUGUUUUUUUUUUUUUUUUUUUUAAUCCCUCCACCCCACAGUCACCAUCAUCUUCAUAAAAGAACCACUUACUGGGAAGUCUUUUGAAUGUAUCCACUUUUGUACGAAAGUCUGAAACUUGAAAAAAAAUGUAUUUCCUUAUAGCUCUCAGCUCUUCCUGGUUUUAUUUGUUACUUUUUCUCUCUUUCUUAAAUAUGUUUUUUUUUUUUUGACAAAAUAGUAAGGAUUACAUUCAGUAAGUAAGGUAACAUAUUUGUUACGUACUGAUUUUCUUGAUAUAUGUGAUAAUACAAAUCCUCAUUUUUUGUCAACUUUGUGAGUCAUAAUAUCUAAAGUGUUCAUGAUGACUGCAUUAUCAUCAUGGAAGAAAAGAUGUAUCCAUGUAGCUCCAUCCUGUAUAAAUGUACUGUUUUGUCUGGUACAUUUCAGAGUGCUGUAGUUUCCCAAACACACAAAAGCACUAUGCUUUUGGUCUUGUUCCUUAUUAAUACACUGGAGUUAUGGUGUCACAUUGGUGAUCAUAUUCAGCUUUGUAAAUGUAUGUGCCCCUUCAUGAUACAAAAAUCACAUUCCAGAGUGCUAACUUAAAAGAAAAAAAAUACUUUUAAGUUUGCUGUAUGCAGAAGAAUGCAGUUUUGGUAGUUUUGUAUUUUAUUAUUUUUUGGUUUCAGGAAGGUAAUAUUUUAUUAAAAUAAGGAAGCAUAUAAUUUCAGAAAAAAAUCUCAGAAGUUUGGGUUUCAGAGUUAUUGUUUAUUACCUUAAUUUUGUUGAAUGAUAUGUUUUGUG